GGAAAUGCAUUCUGCCAAGCAAGGAGAAAGAAACAUCACCCAAUUCUUUACGGAUAUAAAGACCAUAUGGGAGGAAUUGGAAUUCCUACGCCCUGUCCCUAAUUGUGUUUGCGGUAAAUCUUGUGACUGCAACCUUUCCAAGAUUUUCAUAAAGCAGAGAGAAGUUGAGUAUGUGAUCUGUUUUCUGAAGGGUCUGAAUGACAGCUACAACACAGUGAAGACUCAAAUCCUGCUCUUAGAUCCUCUUCCCAAUAUAAACAAAGUCUACUCUCUUAUUAUGCAGCAAGAAAGGUAGAAUAAUGGCAGUGCUAACCUAGGAACUGAGGGAAAAGCUCUCUUUAACACCUCUGAAAGACAUGGAAAGUCUCAAGAUCAAGGCAAUUGGAGAGGUCAAGGAAGAGGCUUCAUGCCCCGAUCUCAAGGAAGGGGAAGAGGAAGAAAUCCUAACUAUGGCAAACAGUGCUCCUACUGUCAUAAGAUGAAUCAUACUGUUGAAGAAUGUUAUUCUAAGCAUGGAUACCCACCUUGGUACAAACAAAGAAAUGAUGGCAGCAACAACACUCAAGAAAGGGGCAGUCAAGAAAAGAGGGAACAACAAGUUUGUAAUCUCAACAUUAAGGAAGACUCUGUUGACAAACAACAACCAGUGAAAGAUGAAUCUACCAAAGGAUUCACAGCAGAACAAAUGCAGAGACUUUUAAGACUCCUUGAUGACACUAAAGGUGCUGGACACAACAUCAACCAAAUACAGAGACGUGAUAAUGACUCAAGCAGGAAUUCACAAGAUACAGGACAUUAUUACAUCACAGAUGAUUGGGCAAGCUAAUCUCAAUCAGGGCCUCUACUAUCUUGACAUUGUUCCUGUCACCAAGUUUACUAAUUUCUUUCCUAAUACUGUCCUAAACUGCUCUAAAGUUGAUAUUGAUACUUGGCACUAUAGACUUGGACAU